AGUCGCCGCGGGGAGGGGGGGAGGCGGCAGGGAGACGCACAAAAGCCGCAGUGUCCUCGGCGCCCGAGCCCGCACCGUCCCAGCCAGGCCGCCCCCACGCAGCCUGUCCGCGCCGGCGGCUCCCGGGACGGAGCGGGGUGCGCCCUCCGCCCGCGUGGGGCUGUCGGCUCCCCUCCCCCCUCCCAGGCGGAGAACCCCCAUUCUGCGCAGCUGAGUUCCGGGGGCUGUGACCAGGCCCCGCGGGCCUUGGGGAGCCCGCGCUCCUGGGGCUCGGCCAGGACGGAGCCUCGGGUCCGCCAGACCCGACGGGGCAGCCAUGACGCAGGUGCAGGCGGGUGGGAGGCGCCCCUCGGGUCUGCCACUCUGGGGGCCGCCCUUCCAUCACCGCGGGGUUCCCCGCUGGGGGCCACCAGGCGGGAGAGCGCGAGGCCCCAGGGCUCCCGCCCGAAAGGCCGGCGGGAGCGGAGGGAACAGCCGCCUUGGUCCCCAUUUAAGCCUCCGCGAGGCCGAGGCGCAGACCCGGAAGUCUUCAAGUUCGGGUGGGCGACCCCGCCAGCUUCCAAGAUGGCGGCCGCGUUGUGCCGAGGGCGCGCGGCCCUUCCGAGGUGCGCAGGCGGGACUUCCGGGCGCGCGCGGGGGGACUUCCGCUCGGCCUCCACCGCCGUCGGCAGCGGCGACAUGGCGGCGCUGAGGGCUGUACGCCGCCUCGGGGGCGCGGCGGCCCAGCUGCUGCGGCCCGGCGCUGGGGGCCGCCUGCAGGUGCAGCCCGGCAGAGGUGCCCGGCAGUGGCAGCCAGAUGUGGAGUGGGCCGAGCAGUUUGGGGGAGCGGUCAUGUACCCCACCAAGGAGACAGCCCACUGGAAGCCUCCACCCUGGAAUGAUGUGGACCCUCCGAAGGACACAAUGGUGUCAAACCUGACCCUGAACUUUGGGCCCCAGCACCCAGCAGCCCAUGGUGUGCUACGCCUGGUGAUGGAGCUGAGUGGGGAGAUGGUGCGGAAGUGUGACCCUCACAUCGGGCUGCUGCACCGAGGCACCGAGAAGCUCAUUGAAUACAAGACCUACCUGCAGGCCCUUCCGUACUUUGACCGGCUGGACUACGUGUCCAUGAUGUGCAAUGAGCAGGCUUACUCGCUGGCUGUGGAGAAGUUGCUGAACAUCCAGCCUCCUCCGCGGGCACAGUGGAUCCGAGUGCUGUUUGGGGAAAUCACACGGCUGUUGAACCACAUCAUGGCUGUGACCACACAUGCCUUGGACAUUGGGGCCAUGACCCCUUUCUUCUGGAUGUUUGAAGAAAGGGAGAAGAUGUUUGAGUUCUACGAGCGAGUGUCUGGGGCUCGGAUGCAUGCGGCUUACAUCCGCCCAGGAGGUGUGCACCAGGACUUACCCCUUGGGCUUAUGGAUGACAUUUACCAGUUUUCUAAAAACUUCUCUCUUCGGAUUGAUGAGGUGGAGGAGAUGCUGACCAACAAUAGGAUCUGGCGGAAUCGGACAGUUGACAUUGGGGUUGUAACUGCCGAAGACGCGCUGAACUACGGCUUUAGCGGGGUGAUGCUGCGGGGCUCAGGCAUCCAGUGGGACCUGCGGAAGACCCAGCCCUAUGAUGUCUAUGACCAGGUGGACUUUGAUGUUCCCAUCGGCUCCCGAGGGGACUGCUAUGACAGGUACCUGUGCCGGGUGGAGGAGAUGCGCCAGUCCCUUCGAAUCAUCUCUCAGUGUCUGAACAAGAUGCCUCCUGGGGAGAUCAAGGUUGAUGAUGCCAAAGUGUCUCCGCCCAAGCGAGCCGAGAUGAAGACGUCUAUGGAGUCUCUGAUCCAUCACUUUAAGUUGUACACUGAGGGCUACCAGGUUCCUCCGGGGGCCACGUACACAGCCAUUGAGGCUCCUAAGGGAGAGUUUGGGGUGUACCUGGUGUCUGAUGGCAGCAGCCGCCCUUAUCGAUGCAAGAUCAAGGCUCCUGGUUUUGCCCACCUGGCUGGUUUGGACAAGAUGUCUAAAGGACACAUGCUGGCAGACGUCGUUGCCAUCAUAGGCACCCAGGAUAUUGUGUUUGGCGAAGUCGACCGGUGAGCAGGACAGCAGCACUUCAUCUCCCUGCCUCUCGACUUCCGUGCGGAGCCUGUCAUCACUGGAAGUGGGCUGUGUGUGUGCACAACACUCAGCUGUUAGGCUUUCUGUGCGUGUUCUAGAAAAGAAAGGAAUAAAUUAGCCGCCUCUGGCCCCUAUGCCAAAG